AUGGGAAAGUCUGAUUUAAUCCCACAAACGCAACCCAAGAGGAGAGUUCGGCCAAUCUCCAAUCCGCUCUAUUUCGACGAUGAAUCCUUCUUCUGCAAUGUAAUCAGACAUCAUAAUUUGCUCCCAGAAGAACAGUUCCCAGCUUUGAAUCGUCUGUACUCUGUAUCUAUCGAGCAUGAGCCAAGGUUCUAUCUGGAAUGCCAAACCUUCUAUGCCUUUACCUUGAAAUUCAUGAAUUUGGAUGGGGAAUCAACUGAGGACGCAUCAUCUCCUUGUCAAUUUAUAAGCCGCCCCAAGUCUUACAGAAAGCCCGCCAAAUAUGAUAUUCAACCAUUACCCCCGAUCGAUGAAUCCACUGAGUCCAUCGAGUUUAUUCAAGAAAAAUGGAAAAAUGCCGGAGCAUCGGCACCAGUACAGAUGGGUGUCGGGUAUAAUACUGAUGAGUGUGAAGAUGAACAGGCCCUCUCAAUUACUUCCUUACUACCUUCAGCUAUGCUGUCAAGCAAUGGAAUCACGUCAUUUGGACUCCUGCUUCCUACAGGCCCUCGGUUAUCUCCAAUGUCACAAAUGAUUCAAGAUCUUGAAUAUCCAUCAUCCUCAACAAACAUCGACUCCUGUUCAAUCGACCCGCUUGGUUCAAUCCGCGAUAACGAAGCGGAGACAUCAAUCACUAAUAUCAAUGGAAUCAAAUCAAGUGAUUGUCGCGGAAUAGACGCGGUUAAUAUUCACUCCAUCUCAGCAAGCCCCGCAAUAAAAAGACUUCAUAGAGUUCAAUUGUCUUCUCGAUUUUCCAACCUAAUAUAUGACGCUCAGUACGACAGAUACAUCAAGAAACCCAAGGUUGACAUGGAAGGAGGUUCGAGGCCGAGCGUUAAUCCGCAAUUUGUCGGUGUGUAUGCGGCGGCAAAUAGAGCCAAAGAGAAGAAUGGCAAAGCUGCUGGUACGAUGCCAGUACAUCUCGAGGCGGCGAUAAUGAAAUACACAAGCUCUGAUAGAGUAGCUGGAGUUCGACCUUUGAGGAUGAAGCCACAAGUCCAGCCUAGUUAUCUGUACCGAGAUAUUAAGAAUGGACUUGGAAAUGGAUAUGAGGAAGAGUUUGUCAAAAAAGAUCUGAGACUGGCUUCAGAGCCGGGACGAAUUGGAAGUCCAGUAGGAGAUCAACAACUUGGCAGAUUGAGAUCUGAUACGAUACCGACCAGGAAAAUUUCAAGACAUCCAUCUGCGAAUACCUCCAGAAAGCUAGGCGACUCACCGACCUUAAAUCGCCAAGACUCUCGUCGGAGAAAGGCCGCUCCAAUAUACUUCCCAGCUACCGAGAACGAAAACACAAUUCCAAGAAGACCUUUCACGCCAGUCAAUAGGCGAUCACCAUCUCCAAGAAUUCGUCCAGUCCACUCACCACCACCAAUGGAUCGUCCAUACCGUCACAUCAGUCAACUAUGCUUGAACGAAAUACCUCGUAUCGGUACUCCACCAGCUAAAGAUUACGGUUCUGACGAAAGUAAUUCUCCAAUUGUGGUCGAUAUUACUUCUUUCGUACCGCCGACAGCGAUUACAACAUCCCCGCCGGACAGUAUCACUUCUCCCGUACCAACGGCAACAGCCAUUAUAUCUCCAACUAUCCCGGAACGUCCAAUAAAGCUUCCAUCAUAUACUCUGGACCUCCCCAAAAUCUUCUCAACUCCAUCACCAAUCUCUUCACCACCUCAAAUCCCCUCCGUGACCCCGGCGACCCCCACUAGAAAUUCCAAUUUCGACCCGAACAUCUCGCCUUCCUCACUCUCCAAUCAACAACCAGCUGCAGCAAAAUCAUCCAUAUACUCUACCUGCACCCCUAAAUCCUCUCCUCACAAUAGCGCUAACAUACCUCUCACAAUUUCGCACGUUCCCAGCAUUCCCUCACCACCAAAUACCCCAAAAACCUGCCUUUACCGCUCCAAUACAGUCAGUACCAAUCCCAGUAGCGCUACUCAGGGCACAUACUCGCAUAGUAGCAACACCACCAUUUCGACACAGGCUUCUAGCAUAACUUCACAUAUAGCUAGCCCGUCGCUAAAAGCUCCUCCAUUCCUUAAAGCUAGUCCAUUCAUCGAUGCCAGUCAGCCCCUUAAAGCUAAUCCAUCUCUCAAACCUAAUCCACGCCUCAAUGCCAAUCUACCAGCUAUUCCCUCGCCCAAUCCUCGCCUCAGCACUCUAAGCCAAGAAAGUAUCGCAUUAACCGAACACCUAGUCCGAGAAGGAAUCUACGGCGGCAUCGUCUACGACAUCUCUAAAACCAGCGACCCCUAUCCACCACAUCCCAAUCCACCUUCUAUAGAAAACCCUAUCCCGCACCUCACCCAAAAACUCACCUCCUUCCAGAGCCGCCGCAGGAAGAAACUCGAAGCCCGCAAACUAAAUUCCGCGCUCCGCAAGCGAGAAAAAAAGGAAAAAUUGGAGGAAAAAGCUAAAGAGAAGAAAAAUAGAAAAACACUUAGGAAGGUUAAAGCAAAGACGAAGAAAGCUAAAUUAGCGGUGCAGAGAAAGAAAGGAACUGUGAAUUAUUUUCAAAUUAGGGUGUUUUUUAGGGGUUUGAGAAAGGCUGUUAGGAUGAGGUUGCAAGGGGCGAGGAGGAGAUUGGGAGAAAUGCAGAUUUCGAGGAUUUUGGGGACGAGACAUGAAAGGGUGUGGGGAUGGGUUUGA